AUGGAAGAGCGAUCCAGGCGAUACCUGCCUUCAUUUUGGCAUGAUGAUUUGGCUAUGCAAGGAUAUAUGAGUGUGAUCAAGGCUCGAGCUAUAAAUCCGAUCGACCACGAUCGAAAGAUAAAGUUUUGGACCGACCUGAUAUCAUCAUCCUGCGAGGUUGAAGGGAAUGCCAUCAUAAGUGUAGAUUCUUUGAAGAAGCGAUUUCGACGAGGCGAUCAGGUGCCGUCGAGUCUCAAUGUGGUGGUGGAGCAUCUGAGCAAAUAUGGUGUAUUGAUGCCUCUAUCUAAAUGGCAAGAGCAGCAUACCUCAUGGAUGGGUUGGGGUUUUUCACAGUUGAGUAAGACGUCCGGAUGGCUCUUUGGAACUGCGAAGUCUGCCACAUCCGAACGCUUUAUUCAUCUGCCAACGAUCAAGGUGCAAGCAGACAAACUUAUGAAUUUGUACAGUAACGAGUUCCAGUCUGAAAUCGAUGGAACGGGUAGUAUCGUAGCUUACUCCACCUUCUAUGACAGAGCUGCUAAUAUUGUCCGUACAAAGGAGAAUUUCGACAUUGUUCUGGCUCAUCUCUCUGAUCGAGGUGACGUUACUGUUGGACAGGGACGUAACGGCGAGCAGAUUUUGAAGUUUAGGGACACAACGAGCGAAGAGCCAGUUCGAUUCACUGAAGCCGAUGCGAGCGUACAUGACAUUCGGAAAGCCAUGUCAAAAAUCGAAAAUGAAAUAGGUGUUUUGGAGCGAAAAGUUGAAAAACUGGAUGGCGACUGUCGGGCUGCUUUGCGAAAUAGGGAUAAGAUGAGAGCAGCGAAUCUUCUCCGUCAAAAGAAACGAUUCCAGAAAGAUAUUUCCGAUAAAGACGUUCAGUACCAGCGGUUGUUGAGCAUGUUGCAACAGCUAAGUGCUACGAAGGUAAUUUCGCGAUUGUGGCUCAUAAUUAUACUAAUAUUCCCGUCAAUUUCUGAAUUUGGCCCGCAGCCCACAACAAAAGAGAUCAUAGACGCGUAUAAAGCAGGAACAGCAGCUUUCAAAGCCAAUCUGGCUCGACAUGGAAUGACGGCCGAAAAAAUUGAUGAAACUAUGGAUGAGGUUGCUAGCGCGAUGGACGAUUAUCGCGAAAUUGAAGAUGCUAUCGGCCAAGCAAUAGUACCAAAGCUACAUGAUGAUGAUGAUCUGGAGAAGGAGCUUGAUGAGCUGAUAGCUAAACAAAAACCUGUUCCUUCAUUGCCCAGUGUUUCGCCAGAAAAACUUGUUCCUUCACUUCCGGAAGUCCCGUCGAACCACAUUUGGCUAUCGUGGAGCUUGAUGAAUGAAUGA